AUGGAUGGAGAAGUCAUAGGUUUCGUCAUAGUAUGGGUUCUUGCAGUAAUCUCUGUAUCUUACUGUUACUACAUAUCCUCCAGAAUCAAAGCUGGAGUUCUUAGGUUAAUCUCCGUUGUUCCCGUUUGUGCUUUCUUUCAAGUUCUUCCUCUUUUUUUCACUUCUCUUCAUCUCUCUAGUUGUUUAGCUGUUUUCCUUUCAUGUCUCGCUAGUGCAAAACUCGUACUCUUCUCUUUUGAUAAAGGUUCUCUUUUCCCACUUCCCUCAAAUAUCUUCCGGUUCAGCUGCUUCACUUGCUUGCCCAUCAAGGCUCAACAAAACCCUAAUCCUAAAAAUCAAAUCCCCAAAUGGCUUUUCCCCAUUAAAGUUGCUAUAUUCGCUGUGGUGUUACAUAUGUAUGAUUACAAACAAUAUAUGUCUCCAGUUGUGCUAUUGGUUCUGUAUACUCUCCAUGUAUACUUGGAGCUCGACAUUGCCUUGAUGCUAGUCAAACUUUUGGUCUUAAUCACUCUUGGGUGCGAUCUAGAGCCGCAGGCCGAUGAACCAUACUUAGCCACCUCUCUUCAAGACUUCUGGGGUCGCCGGUGGAACCUUAUGGUCCCGGCAAUCCUUCGGCCGGCUAUAUACAUCCCCGUGCGGCAGUUUUGUAGAGGCCUAAUGAGCUCUGAUUGGGCUACAUUUUUGGCGGUUUUGGCAACGUUCGUUGCCUCUGGUGUAGCUCACGAGGUGUUCUUCUUCGCUUUGACCUUUGAGAUUCCUACAGGAGAAGUGGCUUGCUUCUUUGUGUUACAUGGAGUUUGCACUACUGUCGAGGUAGCUAUGAAGAGGACAGAGUUUGUGCGGCGUUGGAGAGUGAGUCCAACAGUGUCGCGGCUGCUUACGGUGGGGUUUGUGGUUGUGACUAGUGGCUGGUUGCUUUUCCCUACUCUUGCAAGAAGCGACAUGCUGGAGAAACUCGCUAACGAAGCCUUGCUGUCCAUUGAUUUCGUCAAGCGCACGUUUUAUAGUUUUUGGUGGUGA